GCUGCAAUGCGUGUGCGCGCCUCGCCUCGCUGACUGCGCGGUGCUCUGUUGCAGGACCCCGCGGCCGAUCACCCGGCCACGGACCGCUUCGGCUACCUCACCCUCAAAUCGGUGCAACAGCAGCAGCUGGCCGAGCUGGGGCGCAAGCAGCUGGAGCAGGCGAUGCAGCAGCUGCAGGAGCAGCUGCAGCUCAACCUCAUCCAACAGACGCACCUGCUGCAGGCGACCGACAAGAAGAAGGCGACGGGCCCGCUGCAGCAACUGGCGCUCCAGCAGCAGCAGCUGAUGCAGCAACUGCAGCUGACGCAACGCCAGUACCUCCUGCAGCAGGGUAUAGGCCUCCAGCCGAUGGUGCUGGCGCAGGCCCAGGCCCAGGCGCAGGCGCAGGCGCAAGCCCAGGCCCAAGCGCAGGCCCAAGGCGCAGGUUUAACAUCAGGAGAACUUCCUAACCCUUGGAAAGAACAAUUGCCAGAAAGCCAUGAUGGCCAUCACAAUCCUAAUGCACACAAGAAUAUUCCAGGCCUAAAUGGAUUGCUUAACUCCAUGGGAAUUGGCCGAAGGGACAAUUUAAAUGGAGUCACAGGAUUAUCUGAUGACAAAUUAAUUGAAAACAGUGGAGAGAAAAUGCAUCCACUAUAUGGGCAUGGAGUUUGCAAAUGGCCUGGCUGUGAAGUAAUUUGUGAUGAUUUCCAGUCAUUUCUCAAGCACCUCAACACUGAGCACACCCUGGACGACCGGUCGACGGCGCAGGCGCGCGUGCAGAUGCAGGUGGUGUCGCAGCUGGAGCUGCAGCUACAGAAGGAGCGCGACCGCCUGCAGGCCAUGAUGCACCACCUGCACAUGACGAAGCAGCAGGUGUCUCCGGAGCCCAUUAAGUCCGAGCCUGGGUCUGAUUUGUUUCAGACAAAGUUGAGUUUAUCUUCAGUACUUCUUAGUCAGCCCCCACCCAGCCUCACAGUGUCUGCUGUGAACCAAGUGCCACCAGUCUCCAUGUCAGCUCUGGUGUCAGCGGUUCGCUCUCCAAUUCUCCACCCUCCCACUCCAAACAUUGGAGGUCCUAUCCGCAGGCGCAUCAGUGACAAGUCAGCACUUUCUCUGUCAGGAGGCUCAUUUGAAGAGGCUCCCCUCAGGCGCCGAGUGGCAGACAGGGCAGCCUUAGAUAUCUCGGAAGAAAUUCAAAGAAAUCGUGAGUUCUACAAAAAUGCUGAUGUUCGACCACCUUUCACAUAUGCAUCUUUAAUUAGACAGUCCAUCAUCGAGUCUCCUGACAAGCAAUUGACGCUGAAUGAAAUUUACAACUGGUUCCAGAACACCUUCUGCUACUUCCGGCGUAAUGCAGCUACAUGGAAGAAUGCAGUACGACACAACCUGUCUCUCCACAAAUGUUUCAUGAGGGUGGAGAACGUGAAGGGCGCCGUUUGGACUGUGGAUGAAGUGGAAUUUUACAAGCGACGACCACAGCGAUGCAGCACUGGGUAUGUGAUACCACAGCUGAGGUGGACACGCAAGUUGGUCUCGGACUACUUUAACGACUUUGGCUCCUUCUGGAUGGUGGACGAUGCAGAGUUUGUCAAGCGCCGCCAUCUUUCUCGUGGUCGUCCCCGGAAAUAUGACCCCACCCCAUCACCCACUCCACCCCACCUCUCCGCACAGAGUGUGCCGUCCAAAAGUCCCACCUUGAUCCACAGUCCAACAUUGUACGGUGACGCACUGAAUGCUAGCUUACAGGGAGCACUUGGAGAAAACAAUAUUGGAUUUCAUAACAAUUCUAUGAGCACCUCCACAACAACCAGUCCGGACAAGGUGUCAUCUCCACCAGCAGAACACAGAACCUCUGCUGAAAGCUCAUUAAUGCUCAUCAAACAAGAGAAUGUCCCUCCUUCUUCAAUGGCUGGAGACAAUGAUGGCCUUGUUCAUAUGAUCAAAAGGGAAAUAAUUGAACAAGGUAUUGAUGGAGAUGAAAUAGAAGAGCUGGGUGAGGAACGAGACUUCGCCUCGAGUACCACUGUAGGGCUGCCAAUGGAGCAGGGCCCUGAGUCUGAAGAAGGCGACGAGAUGGCUGAGGACCUAUCAAUGGUCCCGGACGUCAGUGAGGAAGUGCUAGAGGCAUAGUAUGAGUAUGGCCAAUGACAAAAUUGUUAAACGUACCAUAUCGUGUGUUUAAUUUUUCUUUCAUAUACAGCCAAAGGACUAUUAAAAUGUUUUCCCAUGAAAGUAAACAUGGCUUUUACAAAACAGACGUUGAAUACGUUAAUCCAUAUCCUUCAGGAAAUGAUUGAUCACAACGAUUUACCAAUUUAUUGUAUAUGUAAAAACUCCAAUGUAACUUGUAUAUUACAUUUGCAGACUGAAAGUACACAAUAGCAUGCCGUUAUCUGCAGUGCAGGUUGUGUGAGUGUAUGUUAACUCCGAACAUCAGAUUAUAGGAAAAUAAAAUUAUGUGUUUAAGUGAUUCAAAAGACUGUAUGAUUGUGUGGAUAAAACGUGUGUAGGACAGGCUUCUAAAUGGUAGGUAGGGCAUUGUUCACUGUCUGGCCCCGCACAUUUAGUGUAAUGGCUACAAUGAGAUAACAGUGCAAAAUAAAUGUAGCAAACCAAAAGGGAUUUUAUCUGAUGCAGUUCUGCAGCUCAUAUCUGGAUGUGGCCAUGUUCACCCUGUAGGCUUAUUUGUUGUUUGUUUUAUGCACUUAGUUGCUAGUAUUUUCAGAAAUUUUAAAUAUUUAAUAUUGUUUGAACUGAAAGUUGCUAUGGAAGUAGUACCUCUCAGUGGACAUUUCUCAUUUCAAAUGAAAAAUAAUUUAUUAAAUAUGGUAAAGUAGAUGAGUGGUUUCAGCAAGGAAUAUAGAAUUCUGGCAGGAUUGGCAUGAUCUCUAGUUCUGGAAGCAGAACUGGUUUAUGUACUAACCCAAAUAAUUCAAAACUGGAUUCAAUAAAUAUCAUACCUCCAAUUAAUAAGUACUGUUUUUUUCUGUAAUGUGCCUCUGAAACAGCCUGGAAAAAUAAUUAAAAGUUUUCUGAAAUUUACUGGAUUAUAUUGAAUUUGUGUUGAAUUUAAAGAGCACAUAUUCAACAAAUAUGUACCGGAAAGUACUAUAAAAUUACAACAACAACAACAACAACAAACAAAAACAAGAGGCAAAAUUGGAUGAAAAUUAAAAGAUUUCACCCAUUUUUGAUUUAGUUACAUGAGACAAAUCAAACGCAUACACACAGAACAAAUAGUUAAUUGAAAUAUCAUUAAGAAAUUCAGCUUGGAGUCCAUGGGCAUUAGCUCCUAUGUUAAACUGUUUAGUUUUUCUUGCCUUUUUCCUGGCCUAUGCUUUGGAUACUCGCAGAGAAAAAUUUUCAUUAUUGUUGUAGAAUGAAGAUGACAUCUACAUUUUUAUAAUUGUCACAUUCUCCUUAGAGGAAUAUAUGUGUAUGAACACACACUCACAUACUUCGGUAUAUAUUUAACAAAAAUCUCUUAAUAGUGACAACUUUUUUAAUUUGUCAAAAUUUUCUUUUUAUACUUGUUUGAAAUUCUAAUUGUAAGAUGAACAUUGUUAUAAAUAGUUUUAAUGCACAGAGGAACAAAAUAUAAGUAAUUAUCUAUUAGAUCCAAGUAAACUUUUUUUAAAAUAAUUCUUACAUUUUUGUUGCAACUGCUUUCUGAAAACAUAUUUACUACAGCUGAAGUAGCUGAACAUUAUUACUUUCAAGAAACUUUUAAUCCACACUUUCAUUUCAGAGAAAGUAUAAUUUCUCAUUAAAUGGAGUUAACUAACCUUAUACUUCAAACAGAAUCAACAGUAGUCUGUCCAGUGUCUGUUGCUUUAAUCAAAUAUACUUUAUGGUUGAUAUCUACACUGAUUAAAGAAUUUUUUACAGCACAUGCGUGUCAGCAUGUUUCCUUUUUCAGUUCCGUGUAUGCUAAUUAUUUAAUUGUGUCAUAAAAUUGAACAUGAUUUAUAUAUAAAAUAUUUGUUUAUUGCAUAAGGACAAAUUUUCUUUUGCUUGAAACUUACCCAUCUAUUAUGCCAGGCAAUAUUGAAUAAUUAUGUUCUGUUCAUUGCAAGUUGUAUUAAUUUUAGAAAAAUCAAAUAAAUUGGAAGCUCGAAAAACCAUGGUAUUAACGUUUAAAUAUUGAAAUAAUAUAUAGUUACAUGUCUUACAGCAUUAUGUGUUAUGCAGCAUUUCUCUUUACAGUUUGUCCUAAAUAUUCGCUUACAUAAUUGCAGAUCAAAAUUCUCAUUUUCUUUCAACAAAAACAGUAUUUUUGUUGUUUUUGAUGUUAUUGUGCUUACAAUGGAGAACAGUAGAUGGCAUUCCAGUCUUUACAUUACACUCGGUACAAUUCUAGAAUUGUUAUGGAAAAUAUAGAGAACAAAAAGAAAAGAAACACUUUUUCACUGACGUCAGUAUUUUAAAAAAUGAGGUGUAAUAGAGUAUUGUGCAAUUAAGCUAUGGUAUGCCAGCAUCUACCUCCACAAAUGCAAUGUACUGCAAUUAGCUGUGAACACAUACCUCAUUGAUUUGGACAGUGAAGUUUAGCUAGACUGUUAUCAGAGAAGAAUUUUGAAUCUUGCUUACGCUCUUUUACUGUAUGAGUAUGAAAUAAUUAAAAUAAAGAUAUACAGUGAAAGACAUUCACUGACUGAACCACUGGUGUAAUUCAGAAAUAAAUGCACUAUGAGUCUAAAAUAAAAAAUCUGAUGUCACAAUGAUAUAUUAUUUUGAAAGAUGGAUUCAUAUGAGAAAAUGACAAUUAGUGUUGAUAUUACAUGCAGCAACUUUUAUAAGUGCAGCAGAAGUGCUCAGCUGCAUGGUUAUGUCCAAAACAAAAAUGGACAAAGAUAAUAUCUUGAUAUAAUUUCAUAUAUGCAGAAGAACAGAUAAUAAAUUUCUACAUUUCAUAAUGAAUUAUUGCAUAUCAAAAAUUGUUCUGAAUAGCAUGUCUAAAUAUAAUGUUAAUUAAAUGAAGUAUAAUAAGCAUUUUACAUUCAUAAACGCAUAAUUUUAUUGCUUUGUCUUCGACACUGAUAAUCAUUCUUGUGUGUUAUGGUCAAUGAAUUUUUAUUUAAAAAUUCAUUCUGACACUUGUACAGCUGUAAAAAUGUUUUUCUGCAUACAGAUUCUACAUCAUGUGUGAUAUAGUUGAGCAAAAAACAUGUGAAUUAUGUCCAUGCUGAAAUAAAUUGGGGUAGGUGCACGAUUGUUCUCUUUGAAUAUACAUUGAAAUAAUUUAUUCAUUUUUUAAAUAUAAGUACAUUUGUUUGUGUAUGAAUUCAACUGUAAUAAAUUGUAUUUAUAGUAUGAAUAAUAAGUGAGGCAACAUGGCAUGACUUUGAUGGUCUUGGCCAGGAAAAAGACAGAAAUAUUGUAUAAUGAAGAAUUACAUUUGAGAAGUAGAAUCGAAAUUAAUUUCAGUUUGGAGCAGUUAUAAGAAUGUUAUAUAAAUAGCUCAAUGUACAGUACUUUGUGUGGAAUUCUAUAACACUGCCGACCCUUAUUGAGAAAAAUGAGUUAUAAUGGUGUAGUAGACAUUAAUAAACAAGAACAAUGCAAGUAAAGUGAAGGUUAUUAUUAAAUUAUCAAAACAUGAAAAUAAUGUAUCAUAUCAAAUAUUUUGAAGUAAUACAAUUACUUAUAGUGGAGUAGGUAUCAAAUUCUGUUGCUUUAGAGUCUUGGAUUGAUUUUCAGUGAUAGUAUUGUUCUUUAAAGUGUAAUCUUGUAAAAAUCCUUUCAUCAUCUAGUUUAGGGAAGCUUUUAAUUGGCCUCAGUUAUUUUGAACGUAAAGAAUAGAAAGCUCAGUGUGUUCCUGGUAAUUGAAUUUUCAUUAAACAAAAUAUAGCUUCCUCUGCUUUUAUGGUUUGUCUAACUAUUGAUCAUUUUCAAUUAGUUUGCAAAACAUGUGAAGAAAUAGCAUGCCAAUUUACUUUACAUUUCAAUUAUAAGAGUUUUUUUUCCUUUUCAUUUAUAAAAAAUAUUUCCCUAUUAUUCAUUUUUAAGAGUUCUUUCACAUUUCAAAAUGACUCGAAACUCUAUUGCUACUAUUGCAAAAAUUCAGUCACUUGUAAUAAAAAUAAAUUUCAUUUAGCCACCAUCAUCAUCUUCACUCCUGAAAUACUUUGUUCUCAGAACUUGGUAAAUGUGUUGGGACAGGACUUUUUUUUUUAUUGAUUUCACUGUGAAUGAGAUACAUGUGUGUACUAAUUGUCAAUGAAAGAGAAGUAUAAAAAAGAAAGAGACUGUGUGAGAUGAAAAUUAAUUAAUAUAAGUUGUAUCUGUUGUUAUUGAAUAAUGUUUUAUUUCCUAGCUCUUCAUUUCUAAAUUUAAAACAAGAGUAGGAAAAUUUUAUAUCUCAUUGAUAUAUGCAUGUUUUUCAAUCAUUAAUUCUUAUGCACUUCACAAUCAAAUGUCUUAAUUUCAUUAUUGUAGUGAAAACAGUUCUAAAAUAUCACUACCAACUUGAAAGUUUUGUUAGUAAUACAUUCUUGAAUAUACAAGUUGAAUUAUCAUAUUUUUCUUCGCUGCAAAGUUUUUAGUACGAUUAAACAAAAAUUACUAAAAUUAAAGUAGAAAUGAAAAAUUCAAUUGAUUUUCUGGCUUCAGUGAGUAAAAUCAAGAAAGAAACAUUGCAAAUUUAAAGAGUUCUAGCACAAAUUCUAUUUAGAAAAGAGGUACAUAUCAGAAGAGGUCACUGUUAUCUCAUUGUAGUUGAGAAUAUAGAAUCAUGACAAUAUUCAUGAAAAACUAUAUUGAAUUAUUUGGCCUAUUGGAGACAAAAAUAUGAUCAUUUGUUUCAAUUCUCCAAUUUUUUAUUGUAAGAUACUUAUAUUAAUUCUUUUCUUAUUUUUAGCCAAACCAACCUCACACAUUUAUUCUUUUGCAGAUGGUACUUUAUUUGUUUUCUAUAGAUAUCAAGUUUAUAAAAAAACAAUUUUGAAGACUAAACUGGUUUUGGGUAUAUGAGAAUUUAAUGAAUUAGUGUUUAAGAAAUGAUAUUUGUCAAUGUGACUAAAAAGUAUUCAAAUCGUUAGAUACACACACAUAUACACAUGCCCAUACACACACACAAACACACACACAUACACACAAACAAACAUAUCUCCAAGAUCUUCAUUCUGGAGGUAUCAUUAUGACAUAACAUCUUGUUAUUGAAUGUGCUUCAUAAUUUAAUUCAAGUGUGGCUGCAAUAUAUUCAGAGAGUGGGAGAGAAAAAAUUUAGUAAAAUCAAAAUUUCAGCAGUGCCCUCUUCUCGAACAUCCUUUUAAUUUAUGAUAAGAUUUCUUAAAUUAGAAAAAGUUUUAAACGUGAAAAAAUGAAGAAAAACAUGAAAUUUAGAAAAAGAACCCUCUCUCUGAAUUUGAAUAAAUGCAUUUCAUAAAAAUAAUUUACAGUAGUUCAUUGUUAAGAACAUACCACUGUGUAAAAAUACUUUCUUUUUGCACUAGUAAGACACCAGAAAACAGAAAUCAUUCACAAUAAAGAAAAGUGUGCCUCAGUUUUUAUCAUCAUAAACUACAAUGCAAACAUCUGACUAAGGACAAUGGGAAUUAAUUUUUCAAAAGCAAUAUUUCAUCACGUUUAGUUGAUUUAUUUAUUUUUUUAUGUAUAUAAUAAAAAAAAAUAGAGGAUUUAUUUAUUUAUGUCAUUCUUAUAAACCUCCAUUGAUACAAAUUUUCCCUCCAACUAUAAAAACGGGAAAGCAAAAUAAUAUACAACUCUAAUGAAGAUGAUGAUGGUUAAGUUUAUGAAUGAUGACAGUGAUUAUAAAUAUGUUCAUCACCCCUUGAAAUAUCGAAACGUACAUUGUUUCAAACCUAAAAUAAAUGUGCUGCAUUAUCCUUUUUUAAUAAAAAAUUAACAGUUUGUUUGUUUUAACCAUUAUUCAUAUACUUCAACUCUCAAAAUUUGAAUUAUGAGCAGGAAAAUUUUGUUAUAAAAGGUAAUCAGCAUGAGAAAUAAUUCAUUAGUUUUCAGUGUACAUGGUACUAAUGAAUUUAUCAAAUUAGGAUAGCCAAAAAAUUUAAUAAUAUGUAGUGAACAUUUUUGUUGAGCGAAUUUCUUGUAACAAUUUUUCUUCAGAAUGUUAUGUCAGUUUUCCAUGCUCUGGAUUAAUUUUGGCAAUGUUAAUAUUACAGAUUUCUAGUGUUCAAUUGAUCUUACAGAAGUAUAAAUUAUUAAAUUCAUAAGACUGCUUCUGAGAUUUCUAAAAUUUAAGUGUAUCUGCAGAUGAAAAAUCAAUAAAUGUUCAUAAUUUCAUGUUCAGGUUGAAGAAAUUCUAUUAAAUUCUUGCCUGGUUCACAAUUUUCAAUUAUUUCAAUGUUAAUCAUGUUUUGAAUAUGAUCGAUAAAAUUCAAAACAGCUUUAUCUCAUGAAACAUUAAUCUAUUUCUGAAAAGACUUUUGAAAUAAGAUAGUUCUAGGGCACUUUCUUGGGUUAAAUUAUACUGUUCUCAGUUAGAACAAUUUUCAAAUUUGCAUUAAGGGAGCAUUGAAUUUUGGUUCUUGGUAAUUAUCUGUUUGAAACACUGUACAUUUUGAAGAUAUGCCAUAUAAAAUGGUGUAUGAGUUUGAUAUGUAAAAAAUCGUGAAUUCAAUGCAAGGAAUCUUACAUUUCAUAAACGAAACUGGAAAAUGCAAACUUUGAUGAAAGUUCUACUAAACAAUGAAUGUACUUUUGUUUUGUGUUUUGCUCCCAUUUCAAAAUAUAGACUCAUUCCAUACAAAGUAAAAUGGAAAUAAAACAUUUUCAAUAUGUUCUGUCGGAGUUAAUACAUAAAGCUGUGUGUUAGUAUAUGUUUUAACAUAUCUUUCACAAACCAAGGAUUUAAGUGAAGAAGGUUGUUCUUAAUAUAUAGGAAAAUUUAGAGUAAAUUGUGUAAUAGAUUUCCCCAUACAUAGAUGAUAUUUAGUGAUUGUAUGUUAAUUGAACUAUGUAAAUAAUAAAAUUAAAACAUUCCGCCAAAGCUGUAUAAUCUGUUGCUAGUGACGUGCAUUUUACAAUAAAUUUUUGUUUUCUAAGACCAGUACUAGGAAUACUGUCAAGACUUUCAGGAACAAAUUAAAAUAACAAUCAUAUUGUUAACAACGGAAUUAUAAACUACCUCUGGGUAUUCAGUGGUACACAUAUAUGCAUGGCUGCUCGUACCUAAAUAUAUUAAAAAAAAACAACUAAGAAUUGCAAUAUGUUCAAGAAGUCUAGUUCUAAUGAAACUUUAAGGGAUGAGACAUACUUUGUACAAAUGGCAGCAUGUAUGAGAAAAUCAACUUUAUGAUUUUAGGCACAAUAUUGACCUCAGAAUAAACUUAAACAAUCAUAAUCACGUCUUCUGAAGCAUUGAAAAUAUUAAAUGCCACAAAUGUAUAUAAAAUCUUGGUUAGGUAUGAUCAAUAAAAUGUUCCUGAUAUAAAAAACCUUGUUUCCAGUUUUUAGACUCCCUUAUCAAUGCAAUGUGUAUGUGCAAACACUUUAUUGAGCUCAUACACCAUAUUUGUAUUAUUGUGUUGUCAUUGUCAUCAUAGUAUUAUACUAUUUUGUUCAGAUUUAUUUCAAUAUGACAAUAUUGAAAUCAAUUCUUUGUGUAAAGUACAAUUUGAUAUAUUUCCCUAACGUUCCAAAUUAAUAGAAGUGUUUUGUAAUUCACUUGGUUAAGAUUAACUCCUUUAGUCCAAUUUCUACUCUGAUGUCAUAUUGACAAAUGAACUGGAAUAAAUGUCACGAGUGAACAUGCCUCAUUUUCAUUGUAAUGAGCUUAAAGGUUACAGUAUUAGAUAUUUAAAAAUAUUUAACUCAUUUAUACAUGACAAGCUGAUUUGUUGGAUUGUGUGUACCUUGUAGCCUGUGUAGAAAAUAUUCUCUGUUAGAAAACACAUUGAAUUUUUAAAAAAAGCAAUAACUUUGAUAAUUACAGAAAACAUUAAUAAAAUUGUAUGUGCCAGGGCAUGAAAUGAAUGUAUAAAAGUAUCUUAGAUUUAGUUAAGUUAUUGUGUAAUAAAUUUUGAUUUAAUGGGUAAAGAAUGGAAAUUCCACAAAUCUAGUCUCUGCCCAGUUUUUUGUACAUAAACUUACAAUUAAAAAAAUAAGUUAUGAAAUACCUCAAUAUUUGUGGUGAUAAUAGUAGUUGCAGAAUGAUGGAAAAAACUGAAAAUUAAGACUAUACAAUUUAGAAUAUAUCUAUACAUUUAUUUAUAUCUAUUCUGAUUUUCUGUGAAACAUAUAUAAUAAGCAUAAUAAUACUAUAUUUUUUUUGUAAAAGUUAUGAGUAUUCCACAUAACAGAAUGUGUAGCAAUCAUAUCUUCAACAAAAUCUUUUGUAAAACAAACCCAAUCACUAUUUAAACUUAUCACAUAAAUGUAAACAACAAAUUAUUUUGGUUAACUCGGAACCCGGUAAUUGCCACAGACUGAACCAAGUGCAUUUCAGAAGUGAGACAGUGAUUUAGUGUAAUUGAGUAUUUUAACAAUUGGUCUGCUUCAAAAUACAACAAUAUGAUUUUCUGCCAAUUUCAAGUUCUGCUUCUGAGUUAUUUAAAACAAGCAUGAUUAAAGAACCAUUCUUUGUUUCAGAUACAGUUUAUAAUUUCUAUUUUCUUAUUUUGUCAUAACACUGUACCAAUUACUGUAAUCUGUGUCUGCAGAUAAGAAUCAAAAUUCAUGUUAAUCCAUUUUUUCCCAUAAUGAAUAGAAAUUGGUAAAGAAAUGUGUCCCAAUGAAAUAAAUCAUUGAUAAUUAUAAUUUUUCAGUGAUAUGGUUGGUAACUUCAUGCUUUGUUACAUGUUUUGAAUAAAUAUAGUUUCAACAGUGUUACUCAAAAUUUAUUUAGAAGUAUAUAAUUAACAUGCUAUAUUAAAUAUAGUAAUGUUAACAUUAAAAGAUUAUGGUAGAUAAUUUAUUAUAUGGAAACUGAAGUUUAAAU